AGGCGCUAAAUUUAGUUGUUCAAAAUGAAAUGGAAAGAUGGAAAAUUCGCCGUGUGCGGGAACUAGUAAGCUUUACCUGUCCUUCGAUGGACCAGCUACGCAGCAAGAAGGCGAAGUUAUUUGGAAUAACAAUUCCCCUUCGCCGAUGCGCCGUUUGCUGUCGCUAAAAGCGGGCAAAACUAAUCAAAGAAAUACUCGCGCGUGCGCGUCAAAGACGAGAGACGAUCUCGAAGCUAGGCUGCGUAAGAAUGAGCCUGAGGUGACAGUCUGUGAUGUGCUUCACAAAUUAGACGCUGAGCGGCGACCGCAGGGUAACCCGCUGCUGCAACAAUGGACUGCGCCUUGCAAUGGCCAGAAUGCAGCGGCGAGAGCUGACCGACAACGACCGCGGAAGAAGAGAGCCAACGGUGGCGCCACCGUUCUCAACAAUGAACUCCGCGAACUGGUUGCUAAUCUUCAGCAGCGCGUGGUACCAGAUGGCGCCACCGACGACGCAGAUGCCAGGCGGGCGGCAGACGAUGAAGUCGGCCAGGAUGGGAAGGCAGAGGCGUUAACAAUCGAUGACAUCUUCGGUGACGAGGAGACGGCUCCGCUUGCAGCAGACGUGGCCAAUCAUGGCAGAUCUACGUCCCCGGAGGACGUGGCACCCGUCGUCGUGGCAACAAACUGCUUCCCGAGUGGCGCAAUCCACGACGACGACUGGGGCGAUGACGACCUGUUUGACGAAUAUUCGUUUGAGCGCCACGAGGUGGCGCCCGCGCAGCCAGCCGAUCUCGACGUCCUCAAACCGUCCCCUACAUUCCCGCCACAAGGAGGCGCCAUCACCGGAAUGACGAGCACGCCCGUUAUUCGACGUUCGCUGAGCCGGACUAAGAAGCGUGCGUCGCGUUCACCCGCGGCAUCCGUGCUUUCUCUCGCUCAGGACAACGAGCCCAACUUGGCAUUGCCAAACAAUGGCGAUGCCGGCGCCACCUGCUUCGUGCCGCCACCGACGUUCGCUUGUCGGAGGAAUGUGUCAAUGGCUACCGGCGUGUGCGUCGACGUUUCCGUGGAUACGACGAUGAGGUCACUCGUCGUCGGGAACAAUGGCGUGUCUGCCCGCCCGAGCAAAGGAUCUCCGGACGGGAAGCCAACGACGGGGCCACGUGUGCGGCAGUCGGCGUUCGGAUCCGAGUUAGACUGGGGAAACAGCAGCAUCAGCGACGACAUUCUGCAGGCGCUGGUUGAGCCCGACGACAGUCUAGAUUUUAUCAUGUCUUCGAUCCAGCCGCCGUCGACGGUUGCCAUAGCGCCGACGGCGGUGGCCACUCGUGGCAGCGAGGGCAGACUUCAGACGUGGGGAAGAAGUGCUCGGCAAGUGCAGUCUGUAGGAGAGAGAGAUCCGUCUGUCGCUGCAGGUGGCUUCGCCAGACCACGAACAACUUUACCACUAGGUGGCGCUGGACCAUUAAAGACGUCAUCAACAUUGUGUGGCGCCAAAACGGUAGUGAAUUCAACACUAGGUGGCGCCAAAACACUGACGGCUUCGUCACUAGGUGGCAUCAGUGAAUGUAAUUCCUCCAAAACGCACAAUGUUACUGAACUGCAAGUUCCGACAACCAAUCGUGAGAGCCAGCUGCCAGGCGGCGCCACCAGUAAACCGCACAUCCAACCACCAGGUGGCGCCGACCGGACGGCAUCCUGCGGCGGCGAGGACGACCUCUUCGGCGAUGACGACAGCUUCCUUCUGCACACGGAGGCGGUCCUCCGAGCCCUGCAGAAGAUGGAGACCCAGUCUCCCCCCGCCCCCGACCGUCCUCCUCCUCCUGCUCUUCCUCCUGCGCAAGUCCCUCCUGCUCUUCCUCCUGCGCAAGUCUCUUCGGCAAGGGACGACGGCAUCCUUACCGCCAGCCAGCAGUGUUCGCCGCUUGAGAUCGAGAGGAAGCGGAGAGAAGCCCUGCAGAGGAGGCAGAGGAAGGCGUUCUCCUCAUCGCAGGAGAGCUCCCAGUCGCAGCGCAGUGGCGGCGUUGCCGCGACGACAGCGAAGAAGAUGCCGCGCGCAGCCUCCGAAUCUCUGCUGCUGCUGUCGGGGAAACGCAGGCGGUACUGAGGUGCAGCCGCCGAUCUGUGUAUAAUAUGCGGGUGGCGCAUCGCGGGCAUUGCUUGAUGUCACUUCACCGCUGUGCUUCCGUCGUUCUUAGGAGGGAUUGUCUGUGAGGAGCGUGAACAUCAAUCCAAGGCCAUCCUUAAAAAAUUCUAUGUUUGCUGUCCCCGACCCAUGAUUUUUUUAGUGGGUAGGUAGGUAGGUA